AUGCGAUCGAACUCGCCGCCGCAAGGCAAGGGCCCACUGAGUGUCCUGCGCCUGUGGCCAUCGUCUUCGCUGCUGCUGCUAGUGUGCCUGGUGCUUGGUGCAGUGUUCGUAACCGGUUCACACGGUGCUGGCCAUUAUUCGAUCGUCGGAGCUAAACUCCUGCGCCCUAACUCGGAAUACCACGUGGCGGUGACCAACCAGGAUGUGGAAGAACCGAUCCAGUUCAGUAUCGCCAUCAUGGAUGCCGACAGCGUGGUUGAGAAGCAAGAAAUCACGCUCAACGCCGGCGAAACCCGGCUGGUACCGUUUGCGAUUGGUGAUAUACCCGAGUCGACGUACAAGCUGGUAGCCGAAGGGUUAUCGGGGCUAACCUUCAAGAACGAAACCAAUUUAGAGUAUCAGCAGAAGAGCUUCUCGGUGUUCGUGCAAACGGACAAAUCUAUCUACAAGCCGGGUGAUACGGUGCGGUUCCGUGUGCUGGUGCUCGAUCCCAACACCAAACCGCUGCUGAAGGUGGACAGCAUCGCCGUGCACAUCAACGACGGCAAGGGCAACCGCAUCAAGCAGUGGAAGGAUGGGAAGCUGGUCAAGGGUGUGUUCGAGUCGGAGCUAACUUUGUCAACCGCUCCCGUGCUCGGUGAGUGGGUCAUCCACGUGGAAGCGUUAGGAUCGAAACACCGAAAAUCGUUCGAAGUGGAUGAGUACGUGCUGCCGAAGUUUGAGGUUACGGUCGAAUCGCCCGGCAUAACGACGUUCAAGGAUGGCAAGGUGAAGGCGAUCAUCCGUUCGAAAUACACCUACGGUAAGCCGGUGAAGGGAGAAGCGACCGUGUCGGUGAGCCCGGAGUUCCGGUUCCACUACGUGCAGCCUUUCGCGAAGGAUGUGAUCACGCGCAAAGUAAUCCCGAUCGAUGGCAAGGGUUCGGUGGAGUUUGACAUUCGCGAGGAGUUGCGCCUGGAAGGCGACUACACGCGUAACGUCGUGAUCGAGGCGGUCGUUGAGGAGGAACUGACCGGGCGGAAACAAAACUCAUCGGCUAAGGUACCCAUCUACGAUCGGCGCUACAAGAUGGAGCUGGUCAAGUCGGAUGACAACUUCAAACCGGGUCUACCGUACACGGCUUGGUUGAAGGUGACGUAUCAGGAUGGUAGUCCGGUGCAGGAUCAAAACAACCCUGUCGAAGUGAGACAAACGACCUACGAAAGCCCAGCGUUGACGAAGAACUACACGCUGGACCAGAACGGAAUGGCCAAGCUGGUUAUCGAUACUGAGGUCAACGGUACGUACAUCAACGUAAACGCUGUUUAUCUCGGUCAGGAAUUCUACCUUCAAGGCAUCUCGAAGGCCGACUCCGAAGUAGACUCCUACAUUCGCGCACGUGUUCUGACGGAAAUGCCCCAGGUUAACCAGGAUGUGGUCGUGGAAGUUGCUGCUACUAUUCCGAUGAAGCACUUCACCUACCAGCUGCUCGGACGUGGUGAUGUGCUGCUCAGUAACACGGUAGCCGUGCCAGAGAGCAAAAUCCACACUUUCAAGUUCCUGGCGACAUUCGCAAUGGUACCACGAGCAAAGCUGGUCGUGUACUACAUCGCUGCCAACGGGGAUAUGGUGAGCGACAGCAAGGAGAUAACGUUCGAUAGUGAGCUGCAAAAUUUCAUGAAGGUGAGCCUAUCGAAGGACCAAACGAAACCCGGCCAGGAUGUGGAAAUCAGCAUCAGCACCAAUCCGGACUCGUACGUCGGACUGCUGGGCGUUGAUCAGAGCGUUCUCCUGUUAAAGAGCGGCAAUGACAUCACGAAAGAGCAGGUAUUCGGUGAGCUGCAAAAGUACGAAGAACAAUCGUUCGGUUUCUAUCGCAGGAAAAAACGCUACGCCUGGAGUCCGCACUUGGAUCAUCAAGAUUUUAAUACCGUAGGAGCUUUCUUGUUGUCCAACGCUAACGAACCACCACCGAAUAACACAUUACCGGAGGCGCCGAUUUAUAAGUUCCACCGUGCCCCGAACGGUACCGUGCUGUACACGACGAUCGAAAAGCAGCGAUCGGUAACGCAACAUGUGCUGAAAACCAAUACGCGGCCACCGUUGGCCGGUCCUUUCGCGUUCAGUCGCAUACCGCGGCCGCACCGCGACAUUCCGCGCAUAUUCCUGUCGCAGGAAAUCCAAAACACUUGGCUUUUUGAGAAUACCUACUCCGGCUUUAGCGGUGAAAAGACGCUCCAGAAGAAGGUGCCCGACACGAUCACGUCGUGGAUCAUCACCGGGUUCUCGGUGAAUCCGGUGUACGGGUUGGGUCUGACGCAGCAACCGCGCAAGCUGAAGGUAUUCCUGCCCUUCUUCGUGUCGACGAACCUGCCCUACUCGGUGAAGCGUGGCGAAGUCGUCGCCAUACCGAUCGUCGUGUUCAACUACAUGGAUGAUGACCAGACGGCUGAAGUGGUACUGCACAAUGACGAACAGGAGUUUGAGUUUGCUGACGUUGAGAACGAAGUCGUCGAAUCAUCCAAGCUGGAAUUGUUCCGACAGAAGCGGCUGGACAUCCCGUCGAACACGGGCAAAACCGUGUCGUUUAUGGUGAAACCGAAGAAGCUGGGUCAUAUCACGAUCAAGGUAACGGCCAAGACAAAGGUUGCCGGUGACGGUGUCGAGCGGCAGCUGCUGGUCGAACCGGAAGGUCUGCCUCAGUUCAUCAACAAGGCGGUGUUCAUCGAUUUGCGUGCCGUACCUGAGGUGAACCGUAGCUUCGAGGUAGAGAUCCCAAAGAACGCUGUACCGGAUUCGACCCGCAUCGAGGUUGCCGUCAUUGGGGACGUGAUGGGCUCGACCAUCCAGAAUCUUGACUCGCUUAUCCGCAUGCCGUACGGGUGUGGUGAACAGAAUAUGCUCAAUUUCGUGCCGAACAUCGUCGUGCUGGACUACCUGAAGGCGACCAACAAGCUGACGACGAACAUCGAAGCCAAGGCGAAGAAGUUCAUGGAAGCUGGCUACCAGCGGGAGCUGAGCUACAAGCACUUGGAUGGGUCGUUCAGCGCGUUCGGUGAGAACGACAAGAGCGGUAGCACCUGGCUGACCGCGUUCGUGGCUCGAUCAUUCAAACAGGCCGCAAAUCACAUCACCAUCGACGAGGCGGUGAUCGACCGAUCGCUCGAGUGGUUGAGUGAUCAUCAGGCACCGAACGGUAGCUUCCCGGAGGUGGGCGUUGUCUCGCACAAGGACAUGCAGGGUGGUUCCGGAUCGGGUGUCGCACUUACCGCCUACACGCUGAUCGCGUUCCUCGAGAACAUCAAUCUGGUGGAUAAGUACAAGAACACGAUCAAUAAGGCGAUCGAUUACGUUUACCGCAACACCGAGACGCUUGACGACACCUACGCGCUGGCACUGGCUGCGUACGCGCUGCAACUUGCCGAUCACUCAUCGAAGGGCUUCAUUCUGAGCAAACUGGACACAAAGGCGACCACGGACAGCGACUCCAAGUGGUGGCACAAACCGAUCCCGGAAGCGGACACCAAGAACCCAUGGCACAGCCGGCCCAACUCGGUGAACGUCGAGAUGAGCUCGUACGGUAUGUUGGCCUUCCUGGAGGCCGGUCUCGACACGGACGCACUGCCGAUCAUGAAGUGGUUGAUCGGUCAACGCAACGACAAGGGUGGUUUCCAAUCGACGCAGGACACGGUCGUGGGAUUGCAAGCGCUGGCGAAGCUAGCGGCCAUGAUAACGUCUCCCAACAACGACGUCACCAUCACGGUCAAGAUCAACGAGAACCAGGAGAAGCGUAUGGCAGUGAACAACGAGAACGGUAUGAUUCUGCAGAAGUACGAGAUGCCAUCAGCGGCACGGAACAUUGAAAUUCAGGCCGCCGGGUCCGGGUUUGCCGUGGUUCAGCUGUCGUACAAGUACAACAUGAACGUGACCGGGGAGUGGCCAAGAUUCGUGCUUGAUCCGCAGGUGAACGCCAACUCCAACCCCGACCAUCUGCAUCUGUCCGUGUGUACCAGCUUCGUACCGUCCGCUGGUCAGAACGUUUCCAACAUGGCCGUCAUGGAGGUUGGUUUCCCGAGUGGGUUCACCGCCGACUCGGACACGCUGCCAUCGCUGGAAAACAUGCCAUUCAUUAAGAAAGUGGAAACCAAAGACGGCGACACGACGGUAGUGCUGUACUUCGACAGCCUUGACCAGCGGGAACUCUGCCCGACGAUCUCCGCCUUCCGGACGCACAAGGUGGCCAAGCAGAAGCCCGCCCCUGUUGUGAUCUACGAUUACUAUGACAACUCUCGCAUUGCGCGUCAGUUUUACGAAGGUCCAAAGGCUUCACUGUGUGACAUCUGCGAAAACGAGGACUGUAGCGAGGCGUGCAGCAUCCGCUCGCAGAAGCAACGCUCAUCGGACAACCCUAGUCAGCCAGCGGAUCAACAAAAAGCAGUAAAUGCCGCUCGAAUGCCCCUCGCAAACGUGUUCUCAUGCCUACUGGCGGUGCUGACUGUCGCUCUGGUUCACUAGCGGGGCGAGAUAAGGACAGUUUUCGGUUAGUGAUUGGGGUUGUUACCAACGGUGAAGCGAACGGCACAUCUUUAUUAGCGAUCACACACGCGUUAUGUUGAUCCAACGCACCCUAUCGAGUGGAAUUAAAUCGCACGCUACAGAUGCUUGCGUGUUUAAAAUCUGUGUAACAUGUUCAUGAUACUGAAAAUAAAACAUUACGAAGCGUAAUACCAC